AUGCACUCGAUGACUCUCGGUGCCCAAGAGGUGACGGAGAUCCUUGCGACCGUCGGGGCGCAAAAGGGCAACAUGCGCUUGGACAAAAUAUUCUUGAGUGCUGUCUCGGCGGGCUGCCUGUUGGCUUUUGCGUGCGGCACUGUCUUGAGUACCAAUGCCACACCGUGGUUUCAAGAAAACGCACCUGGUCUGAUGCGAACCAUUAGCGCAUUGGUCUUUCCGUAUGGUUUGUGUAUGAUUAUUCUCACGGGGGCUGACCUAUGCACGGGGUCAUUCAUGUUUACUACCAUCGCAGCCCUUCAUCGCCGUUUAUCUUGGACCAAAAUGCUGAUCCACUGGGGAGUCACGUUCCUUGGCAACCUGGCAGGAUCGCUGUUCGUGGUGGCUAUCAUAUUUGGAUACGGGGAUGUGUUCUCGGCAGACCCCUUUCGAUCAGCGGUGAUCUCUUUCGCGACAAAAAAGCAGGUCGCGCCCAGUUUUCACACUGUUUUCUUAAGAGGCAUUGGCUGCAAUUGGCUGGUGUGUCUGGCUUGCUUCUUUGGCUUCCAGGGCCAAGAGCUAGCAUCUAAAGUGAUUGGAAUAUGGGGACCAACCUUUGCGUUCGUCUCACUCGGGCUUGACCACGUUGUCGCGAACAUGACAUUCAUCCCACUGGCAAUUUGGGUUGGAGCGCCUGAAAUCACAGUGAGCCUCUAUAUUUGGAAAGGCAUCAUUCCCACAUUGUUGGGCAACAUCAUCGGCGGGGGGCUCUUCUGCGGAACAUACUAUUGGUACAUGCAGCUCCUUGACAUCAAUACUUUGCCCUUAUAUGAGACCAGGAAGAAGGGAGAUAGCUCGCCCGAUUCGGUAUCGCAGUGUGACGGAGUCGCCGUCAAAUUAUAUUUGAAACAAUUUUCAACCUUGAAGUCACGCAAGUGA